AUUCCUCUAUAUUUUACAUACCAAGAACUUGUGAAAACACAAAAAUUAAAAAAUAGAAACACUUAAAUUUGAGUUCAUAAGAAAAAAAAUAUGGCUAAGAUGAUAUUUUUAUUUGUUGUUUGCUUAGUAUUAUUUGCUUCUAUUAAUGUUAGUGCCAAUUUUAUGGACACUUUUCUUGUUAUUGGGAAAGUUUAUUGUGACACUUGUCGUUGUGGCUAUGAGACUUCUGCCUCCAAGUAUCUUCCUGGAUCGAGGGUUAGAAUCGAGUGCAAGAAUAGGGACACUAACGAUUUGGCAUACACUGUUGAAGGUGUUACAAACUCUAAAGGAGAAUACAAGAUACUUGUGAAUAGUGAUCGCCGCGAUGAAUUUUGCGAUGUCGUCCUCAUUAGAAGCUCUGAUCCAAUGUGCGCGGAACCCAACACGGGCCGUGAUCGCACCCGUGUUGUCCUCACUAGCAACAAUGGCAUGGUAUCUAAUACUCGCUUCGCUAAUUCCAUUGGGAUUCCUUUAUAAUGAGCCUCUUGCUAGUUGCACAAAAAUCCUCAAACAAUAUGAAUUUUCAGAAGAUCAAUUUUAAAUUAUUAUUAUUAUUGUUGUUGUUGUUUUUAUGCCUUUACUUUAGAGUAAUUGGACCAAUUACUGAUUUCGGUCUUUAGCUCAGUAAUUUCAUUUGGCAUUGGAAAUUUUAUAGGGUGUCCUAUUUUCUUAUUUAACAUUUAAGGUCUCAUCUAUUUUUAUUAAGAUUAAGAUAUUUGGAUGUUCAA